AUGGGACGUGACAACUUCAUUUCUGCCACAAAGCCACUGUUCUCGAACUACCUUUUGCCGAGUCUAAAUAUCCCCUUUAUUCGCAACCGGCGCCGCUCUUCGGCCUCGUCCUCAGCAUCAGACGCUUCGUUGGGCUCUCCUCCGACAUCGCCAUCAGCUGUCUCAUCCGCUGCAACCACACCCACCAAUUCACCGGCAGAAAAGCAUCUGGAUUCCAUCCCGACCCGACUUUUUCGAGCUGCUCCGGAUACCUUGCAGUGCUUGGCGUGUUCCACAGAUAUCGCAUUUGCCAACCAAAUUAUUUCCAAAGGCUUCACGGGCAGCCACGGCCGGGCAUAUCUUGUCGCACCACCGGCCCCACCUGCUGAACAGACGCUGCUGAACAUCCGAGUGGGAGCGAAAGAAAACAGACAGCUCGUGACUGGGUGGCACGUUGUAGCCGACAUCAACUGUGACACGUGUCUCAGGAAGUUGGGCUGGAAGUACGUGGACGCGAAAGAGCAAUCGCAGAAGUACAAGGUAGGCAAGUUCAUUCUCGAGUCGGAGCGUGUCGUGACGCACCGCAGCUGGGAGGAUGCCUCCACGGGGCGGGAGGACUACACUAGGAAUUCAUCUACAGACGGCGACCAAGACUCGGUCGAGUUUGACUCCGACAACGAGGAUGAGUGCGAGGACAUAUUUGCGGGAACAUGGGACCCGAACACUGUCGCUAGAAGGAGGCGUGAAAUGAUGCAACGACAGAGCAGAGACGAAUAA